UACUUAGCAAAGAAAAAAAUUGGAAACGUUGACGUGCGUAUGGUCAUCACUCUGUAUUUCUCUAGAACUUGUGUUUUUCGUUUUAAAUCUAGGAAUUUGAUUUUUUAAAUAGUUGAUAAUAACAUCUGCUACCAAUAUCCACAAUGGGUUUGACAAUCUCAAGUGUUUUUACUAAGCUUUUCGGCAAAAAACAAAUGCGUAUCCUUAUGGUUGGACUAGAUGCCGCUGGAAAAACAACUAUACUAUAUAAACUUAAGUUGGGAGAGAUUGUGACCACAAUACCGACGAUCGGUUUCAACGUGGAAACAGUGGAAUACAAAAACAUUAGUUUUACUGUAUGGGACGUCGGCGGUCAGGACAAGAUCAGGCCACUGUGGCGUCACUAUUACCAGAACACACAGGGAUUAAUCUUCGUCGUGGAUUCAAGCGACACAAAGAGAAUAGCAGAAGCCGAAAAUGAGCUGGCUAAUAUGCUAAAAGAAGAUGAAUUAAGAGAUGCCGUGAUCCUUGUGUUUGCCAACAAACAGGAUAUGCCCAACGCUAUGACUGCAGCUGAACUUACUAAUGCUCUCAACCUAAACAAUUUGAGAAAUCGCCGUUGGUACAUUCAAGCCACAUGUGCAACACAAGGACAGGGGCUGUAUGAAGGUCUAGACUGGCUCUCCAAUGAGCUAGCAAAGAAGUGAGAACCAUUUUGGCAAACGGUCACUGGGAACAGACUACAAACAUUCCCGUAAUGACUGACAACUUUCAAACAAUGUGAUCGUUGUUCAUUCUACAAAUACCUAAAAGACUAUGAAAAUUUUAUGUAAUUAUACAAGUAAUGUCUUUUUACUACUACUAGGCUGAUGGCUCUUUUCACAAUGUUUUGCCGAAGCUGUUAAUUUAUAAUUUAGCUAGAUAUAUAUAAAUGAUAUUGUGAAAAUGGCCCCAUAUAGUUAUUUAAUGGUCCAUAUAAUCAUUCAAAGUUUAAUUUCAUCAGUUUCCUAUUACGUCUGUAGUGUAGAUUUCACAUAAAUUUUAUGUUUGUUAUAUCAAAGUAUUAAUGCGAGUAUAUUGAUUAUAUUCUCACAAUGUUGAUAUGUAAUGAAAUGAUGCAAUAAUAGUAGUAUUUGUAAUGUUUGUAAUAAUUCCACUCUUGUCUAUACUAAAAUAAGAGUUGUUCUGUCUAUAAGUAGAAACUUACUACUUACUAGUGAAAUAAAGUGAAAUAGUUUGAAUAUUUCAACAUAGCUUGCACAACUACCAAGUGUCACUGACAAUAAUGAACCAUUUACUUUGGAGGAUCCAGCAGAGCAUGUAAACAUAAAUUAUUAUUCUAUAUUAACUUUAGAUGUAUUUAUCAUAACUUUAAAGAAAAUCUUUUAGUGAAUAAGUUUAUUAAUACAAGUUUUGUAUUUGUGAAAUAUGUGUGCACUGAAUAAUAUAACAGAUACUAACAUCUUAAUGUGAUCCAUCUUGAUUUAUGAAGGUUAAAUAUUACAAUACAUAUUAUGUAAAUAAUGUAAGAUGAAUCGGCCAAAAAUAUUAUAAUGUCCUGUGUCAUGUCAUGUUGUAUGCUUUAACAUUAUAAUUUAUGCUUUGCAAGUUUUGUUAAAGUAUAUUACUAUAGUGGCAAAUAAAGGUUAGGUGUAAAUAAAA